AUGUCACCUUUAUAAGCAACAUUCUUGCGAUUAGAAAACUUCAAAUUCUUUUAGAAUUUUAAUAUAAACUAGUCAAACGGAAAUCGCAUCAUGACGAUAUUUAACGGUAUUGUUUAUCUAACAACGUGUUUACUGUUACUACUAUCGCCAGCCAGCAGUCAGUCGACCCAAAGCUUGGCACGCAUUGUGGGCGGUACUAAAACAACAAUUAACAAUGUUCCCUAUUUGGUACAACUAAGGCAACAAGGACAAUUUAUUUGUGGUGGAACUCUGGUGGCACCACGAUUUGUAGUGACGGCGGCCCAUUGUGUCAUUGGUAUUCGGCCCGGUCAAUUGACAGUGGUUGGUGGUGCAACACGUCUAUCGCAAAGGGGUGUAAGACGUGCCGUGAGGAAAGUAAUUCGCCCAUCAUCCUUUACAAUGAAAAACCUGAGUCGAGAUGUAGCCGUUCUGAAGCUGGCCUCACCCAUGAGGGGUUCCAAUACUAGACCCAUUGCUUUGAAUACCGCCAAAUUGUCAAGAAAUAUGUCGAUAAGAGUUUCUGGAUGGGGCCUCACAAAAGAGAACUCAAAUCGUGUAUCUGCCCAAGUAAGAACGGUGACCGUUCCAAUUAUAAGCAAAGCAAGAUGUGCUGCAAAUUAUCGCCAACUUUUGACCCUGACGCCAACAAUGUUCUGUGCAGCGGCUCCCGGAAAGGAUGCAUGUACUGGUGAUUCUGGCGGACCAGCUGUCUGCAAUGGUAGACUAUGUGGCGUUGUCUCCUUCGGUUAUGGCUGUGCACGUUCCAAUUUCCCUGGAAUAUAUACCUCUAUACGAUCUGUCCAAGGCAUUAUACGAAAGGCAUUGAAACAAUAAUAAGAAAAGGGAGUUAUGCUGAUAAUUGAUUGUAAUCUGUUAUUUAUUCUAUGUAAGCUAAUAUAAUGAAAGUGUUU